UUUCCAGAAAACCCUAAAAAAGCUUACCAGUUACCACCCUCUCCCUCUCUUGUUUAUUCGCUUCUCUCAUAUCCUCAGUUUUCCAGCGCCGUUCGCAUCACAUUUCUUCUGCUCACGACUCCUACAAAUGCCGAAGCAAAUCCAUGAGAUAAAAGACUUUCUUCUGACUGCAAGAAGGAAGGAUGCGCGGUCAGUUAAAAUAAAGAGGAGCAAAGAUGUAGUGAAGUUCAAGGUUCGGUGCUCAAAGUACCUUUACACGCUCUGCGUCUUUGACUCUGAGAAGGCUGAUAAAUUGAAGCAGUCUCUUCCACCAGGUUUGAGUGUGCAAGAUCUUUGAACAAGGUAGUGUGGGUGGUGGUGGGUGAUCAUUCUUUGAACAAAAUCAAUCAGGAGGCUGAAGAGAAAAAAAAAAACGUUUGGCAGUAGUCAGUCUAUUUCUUUUCAAUCAUUGAAUGAAUGAAUGUCUUGAUUUUUAUAGGGACUGCUGGUGUUCUUGGCAUUAAUAGGACUUACAGCGCUUCUUUUUUUCUAUGAACCUUUUCAAAUUUUCAACCGUCUGAGAUUGGUACGUCGUUGAUUCCAUUCCAAACUUUAAUUAUUCAUUAGCCCUCUUUUUUGGCCCCUUCUCUUCAA